AUGUACCAGGUGUUCUCGGUGCUGUCCAUCUCCGUCCGCGCAUCUGGUUUUCCUGGAGUAAUAGGAUGUAUUGAUGGCACCUACAUUGCUGUCAGGACCCCGGUGCACAAAAUAAUGUCAACAUACGUUAACAGGCAGGACAUGACAUCAAUAACUGUGCAAGGAGUAUGCGAUUCCAAAAAGAAAUUCACAGAUGUUUUUGUUGAGCCUCCAAGUAAGAUUCAUGACAGUAGGAUCUUGAGAUUGUCAUUCAUCUUCAAAGAACUACCAUCUCUUUGUGAAAACCGUUGGCAUCUACUAGGUGACGCUGCAUACCCUUUGCGGGAGUGGUUGCUUACACCAUACAGGGAUUAUGGACAUUUGACCGAGGCGCAAAAGACUUAUAAUAAAACACAUUCUGCGUGCCGUGUUCAUGUUGAAAAUGCAUUUGGCAUUCUUAAACAAAGGUUUAGGCAGUUGAUUAGGUUGGAUUUCUGGACAGUAGAUAAGGUAUCCAAGUUUGUAAUGUCUUGCUGUGUACUACACAAUCGAUGCAUUGAUGGGGAUGACUUGUGGGAUGACAAUUGCAUACUUGAGGUGGAAAAUGUUGUGGUUCCUUAGGAUGGAAGAGGUGAAGCACAGUUGAGAAGGGCAGGGUAAGUGAAACGAGAAAGAAUAUGUUUCAUUCUGCAAGA